AUGGACACCGAAACCCAAAUGCCGGAUUCCGACGGAAACUGUGAAUCCAACUCCGGUAGCCCUAGAUACAGAUUGUCGUUUUUGAUCUUUGUCUUCGUCUUCUUCAUGGAACGGGACGUUGCUGAUCUUAAUAUUCAUACUACUACUUCAUCUGCUACUUCGACAAUCGAUAAAGUCAUAAAAAAGGUUGUUCAAAAGAUUGCUGCAACUUUUGCGCCUAGGGCUUCCACCGCAACAAAGAAUCCUGCAGUACCUGGGACUGCUUUGUACACUGUUUUUGAAGUUCAAGGUUAUGCCUCAAUGUUGCUUGGUGGGGCACUUUCGUUCAAUUUCAUAUUUCCAUCGAAUGAACCUGACAUAUGGAGAUUGAUGGGGAUGUGGUCCAUUUGGAUGUUCACAAUACCUUCCCUUCGGGCUCGAGACUGCUCAAAGAAUGAGAAAGAAGCUCUCAACUACCUUUUUCUUCUCAUUCCACUACUCAAUGUUCUUAUUCCAUUAUUUUUGAAAUCCUUCUCAGUUGUCUGGUCUGCAGAUACUAUAACUUUCUUUGGGAUGUAUGCUUGGAAACUUGGCUGGUUACAGAAGUCAGAAUAGGUGCAUGAUGCAGUGAGUUGUGUUCAUUGUCAAAAGGUGUUUCAUCAAUUGUCUCCUCUUUGCUCACUGAUAGCUGAUUAAUAAAUUCAUGAUGUAUGGCCAAUGUAAAGUCGCUUAAGCAGGAUAGGACAUGCAGCAAUGCUCUAGUAUGAC